UUAUGGCAGGUAUUGUUUAUCGGUGAAUGUUAUCGCAUUUGUAUACGCAGCGUUUCAAAGCUGUGAUCUGGCAUAUCAAGUAGUGGCAGGGAGAAGCAUAAUGAAUCACCACCUGCGUUACCACUUUGAUUUCUUCAUGGAUCAGGUUCUGGCGUAUCUUCUGAUAUCGUCUGCAUCUUCUGCAGCCACACGCGUAGAUGACUGGCAAUCAAAUUGGGGAAAAGACGACUUCACUGAGAUGGCCAGUGCUUCGAUUGCGUUGGCCUUUCUUGCUUUCAUUGCCUUUGCUAUUAGCUCCUUAAUCUCUGGCUACAACCUCUGCACUCUCUUCUCCUAACAUUUUUACCUCCUAUAUGCUGUCUUUCCAUACAUACACACACAACUACACUUUUUUUUUCUCUUCCUUUGUUCUUAUUGCUGCGGAGGAAUGCAUCCAAGAGUGUUGGUGCUGGUGAAUUGCUUUACUGUACAGGCAGACUUGUAUACAUACAAUUGCUGGAUAUGUUGGGAAUGAUGGACAAGUACAAUUUUUGUUCGAUUUAAAAUGCAAUUAAAUGCUUGCGAUUGUUAUUAA